AUGAAGAGGUUCUUUUCGAAUCUCUUUAAGAGAAAACAAGACCAGAAUAGUCAUAUUAAACAAAUAAAUGGGCCAACAACAUCAACUCCUACAACAACUCCUACAACUCCUACAACUCCUACAACAACUCAAACACCAACGCCACAAAAUAAUAAUACAAAUAAUAAUACAAAUAAUAACAACAAUACAAAUAGUAAUAAUAGUAACCAACAAAAGAAAGAACAAGCACAAGCAUCACCAUCAACUAAUCAAACACAAACACCAUCUAAUAAUACAAUAUCAACAUCUCCAACUGUUACAACACAACCAAGUUUCACACCAGGUGUUAUAAGUACAUCAAAACUUACAACAUCACCACCAGAAAGUCCAAGACCACCAACUUCAACAACUAAUACUACACAACCAUCAACCACUACAACCACAGCUACUAAUAGUACCAAUACAAACACAGCAUCAGCACCAACUAAAACAGCAUCUCCAAGCUCACCAAGUGCAACAGCUUCACCAAAUAAUAAUAGUAAUAAUACAACUACUACUGCUGCAACUACUACAACUACUACAACUACUACAACCACUACAAAUGCAAAUCAAACAGCAAGUGUUAAUCACACUAGCAGUGACCAAUCAUUAAAUGCUCAAAAUGUAACACAAACAAAUAAUAACAACAACAAUAAUAAUAAUAAUAAUAAUAAUAAUAAUGCAAAUAAUACAAAACCAAUUAAUCCAAAUGAUUAUAUUCCAUUGGAUUUUGUGGAUUCUACACCAAAAGUUGAUAACAAUCAACCAAAAAGAAAAGCAAGUGGACCACCAGAAAUUUUACCAGAAGAAAUUGAUAGAACUGAUUUCCUUGGUCAAGGUUCAUUUGGUUCUGUAUACAAAGGAAAAUGUCGUGGUCAAGAAGUAGCAGUUAAAAUUCCAAGAAAACAAAAACUUAGUUUAUAUGAAUUAACUAGUUUUAGACAUGAAGUUAAAAUUAUGAGUAAAAUCUUCCAUCCAAAUGUAGUAUUGUUUUUAGGUGCUUGUACACAAUCAGGUAAAAUGCAAAUUGUUACAGAACUUUGUCAAACAGAUUUAGAAAAGUUAUUACAUAAUGAUCGUACCAAAAAGGAGUUUAGUUUAUUUAGAAGAAUGCAAAUGGCUAAAGAUGCAGCAUUAGGUAUGAAUUGGUUACAUGGUAUUACUAGAAUUGUUCAUAACGAUUUAAAAACAGCAAAUCUCUUGGUAGAUAUUAACUUGCGUGUUAAAGUAACUGAUUUUGGUUUCAGUCAAAUUAAAGAAGGUGAAGAAUUUCAAGAUAAAGCAGCAAAAGGAACUCCAUUAUGGAUGGCACCAGAAGUUAUGAUGGGUAAUCCAUAUAAUGAAAAAGCAGAUGUCUAUAGUUUUGGUAUUAUUUUAUGGGAAAUUUUAACAAAGGAAGCACCAUAUUCACAUCAUAAAGAUUACGAUAUUUUCUUUAAUGCAAUUUGUAACGAGAAAGAGAGACCACCAAUUCCAGCAGAUACACUUCCAAGUUUACGUCAUUUAAUUCAAACAUGUUGGGAUCAUAAUCCACAAAAUAGACCAUCAUUUAGCGAAAUCUUAUUCAGAUUGAAUGAGAUUUUAAUCGAUUGUGCAAUCGAUUUCGACGAUGGAAGAAAGUAUUGGAAAGAACAUUUCUUAGUACCAAAACAAGAAUUACAAGAGGAGGUUGAAUGGUCAGACUUUGAAAAAACUUUGAAAGCCACUCACAAACAAUUAAAUCUCGAUUAUGCUCCACUCAAAGAGUUACUCGUUCAACAAUCUCAUCAAACUGUUCAAAAAACUAAACAAGUUGUCACUAUGGAAAGAUUUGAUAAAGUUAGUAAAUGGUUUGGUUCUUUCUUUGAACCAAAUACUGGUAUUGAAACUAUUGAUAAUAUUAAUAAAUUAUCAGCAAAAAUUUGGUUCCAUGGUGAUAUUGUAAGAGAACAAGCAACAUCUAGAUUAUCAAAAGCAGCUGAAGGAGCAUUUUUAAUUAGAUUAUCAUCAACCGAACCAAAGACAUGUCCUUUCACAUUGUCAAUGAAAAAUAAUCAACACCGUAGAAUUCAAUUGAUCGAUGAAAAUAAUUUUACAGGUUUUAAGAUUCAAGGAAAGACAGCAGUUUACAAUAGUUUAAUAGAAUUGGUCGAAAAAUGUAAUGACUAUCCAUUAUUAGUACCUUGUCCAAAAUUCACACAAGAAACUUUUAAUCCUUAUGAUCCUUAUACAAAUUAA